AUGGUACAACAGGGAGUCCCUCGCAGUCAGCAGAACGAAUAUAACUUGGAGGAAGAAUAUCACUUGGAGGCCUUGAAGGCUGAAACGUUGGCACUCCGGAAGUUCCUUUCAGAGGCAGAGCGGGUAAACUCGAUAAGCAACGCCAAGGAGCUGUAUGACCAGAUCUUGCCGGAGUGGCAUGAGGCGCCGGUGCAAGGCUGUGGCACCCGACUACUAGCAGCCCCUGCGUUCAAGAUGCGGUCGUUCUUGCUGCUGCGGCCAAGGCUGGGGGGAGGCUUUGCGCCCCGCGCUGCAAAGGCUGUACGUGGAGCCGCGCCACGAGGUAUCCGGAUGCGCCGCAGCGCUUCGUUGGGGGUAUCGGGAGGGGAUGAAAGAGGCCAUGAAAGGGCGGCAAUAGAGAACACGGUGUGUCAAGCGGAAGCGGGCCGAGGGGGGCGGGAGGAUCAGGCGGGGAAGAAGGGGCGAAGGGGGUGGGUGGUGGGCAGACGAGCGGGAAUGAUGACGGGAUUCGGUGUCAGGCAAAAAAGAGACGCGGAAGGGCGAUGACAGAGGGACGGCCGAAAAGAUAGUCCGAUGGGGGAGGAGCAGAGCCCAUGUGGUGUUCUGAGGGUGCUCGUGUGUGCAGUGCGGAAUUUUGGGCAAAAGGGAGCCGAUCGGAAUGAGUUCAUGCGCUUUGAAAACGGCUGCAUAAUUACCGCCUUCGACCCGCACUGGUUGCACGUACUUCAGCGACUCCCGUUGUGACCUGCGUGCUGUCAUUUCAGCUGCAAUAGAUGGCGCUGAGGACCAAGAGCAGAUGACAUUCGAAGGGCCAAAAAUAGAGGGGAACACGGCAGUUUCGCGAAUCGUGCUGCCAAAAGUAGCACCAAGGUAGACUUACAUUUAAAAGCAACAUACUAGCUCCGUUUGACGUGCAAGCGCACGGCUAAUGACAGCAACGACGAGCCGGACAAGAAAAGCCGUGGACGUGCAUAGUUGCGGCGUCAGAUCUGAAUCCUUAAUGAUAACAGUAAUCGGAACUGAGACUUCGCAUGCAAUGAUCCAUCUGACAACUAACUUCUAAACAUGGAAUUGCCCGUCAGCAAAAC